GACCUUACGUUACACACAUCACGUCUUUCUAUUUGUCACUAGUUUAGUUUUUCCUCGUUAAAACUCGAACAGAAUGGCGAGUGCGGUGGCUAGAUUAACGGUUAAAAGUGGCGCUAUAAUCGCCCAGCGAUCGAGUGUAGGCGUGGCCGUUGGCCGAUCGGUCAGAUUCGCCAGCAGUACGUCGAAUCCCAGUGGAAUUCCGGGGAAAAAAUCGCGACUCUUGCUGACAUUUGUAGGUGGCAGUGCGGUAGCCGCCCUAGCGGCUUUCAUUAAACUACGAUCCGCGGGAAAUCCCGUCAAUGCAGUUAGCUUGAAAAGGCGCAUGCGCGACGAUAGCGAGUUGGAGAAUGUGAAGCUAACGGCUCGGGAGCGACGCUUCAUCAAGUUCGCAUCCGUGGAGUUCGAUGAUCAACUCUACAUGACCCCGCAGGACUUUCUCGACUCCGUCGUAGAACAGGAGCCUCGACCUCGCUUAAAACGUCGACAGCUCUCCAGCGAUGAGGUUGACAAAUACAAGGACGGUACUCCCGCCUUGAAAAAGGGUUCAACUCGACUAUUUCGCAACCUUAGAGAUAAAGGCAUUGUAUCCUAUACGGAAUAUUUGUUUUUGCUCUCCAUUUUAACAAAGCCAAAAUCUGGGUUUCGCAUUGCCUUUAACAUGUUCGACACCGAUGGAAAUCAGCGGGUGGACAAGGACGAGUUUUUAGUGAUAAUUUCCAUUUUGGCCGGCGCUUUAAAAGACACUCAAAAUGUAGAUCCACAAACCAAGCAAAUUCUGUCGCGUUUAGUUUCCUACGAUGAGCAAAGUCAAAUGACGAAGCCGAUGGCAGUGCCACAAACCAAAAGGGGUCUAAUGGAGCGCAUUUUUAGCGGCGCUUGGAAGGAGAAGCACGGCGAGAAAGAGCCGGAAGAGGAGCCCGAGUCCUCAAUGCCCACUCCCCUGGAGCAGAACUAUGUGAACGAUGGCGAGGGACUGCAGCGGCGUCAUAUGGUGCCCACCACCUUGCAACUGCACUUCUUUGGAAAGCGGGGCACUGGGGUGAUCAACUACGACAACUUCUACCGCUUCAUGGACAACCUGCAGACGGAGGUCCUCGAACUGGAGUUUCACGAGUUCUCCAAGGGCAACCAAGUCAUUAGCGAGCUGGACUUUGCCAAGAUCCUGCUGCGGUACACCUAUCUGGCCACGGAUGAGUAUGAUGUCUUCCUGGAGCGACUGCUCGAGCGGGUCAAAGAUGAGAAGGGCAUAUCGUUCCAUGAUUUCCGGGACUUUUGUCAUUUCCUUAACAAUCUGGAUGACUUCACGAUCGCCAUGCGCAUGUACACUCUGGCUGAUCGGGCCAUUUCGAAAGAUGAAUUCUCACGCGCUGUGAAGAUCUGCACCGGCUACAAGCUCAGUCCCCACUUGAUCGACACCGUGUUUGCCAUCUUCGAUGCGGAUGGCGACGGUCUGCUGUCCUACAAGGAGUUCAUUGCCAUCAUGAAGGACCGCCUGCAUCGCGGCUUCAAAGUAAGUGGUCGUUUCUUUGAUUACAACGAAGCUCUGGAUGGCUAUGAUGAACCCGCGUAUCCCAUGUUUGUGGCUUGGCAACAUCGGGUGUGCCGGCACCUGGACUACUUCAUUGACAGCGAUGCGCUAUGGCACUGAUUUUUUAGUUUAAUUUAAGUUAUUCAUUGUUUCGUUUGCCGCUUUUUGUCCUAAUCUCGCUGACCAGCAUUGAAUGUGUGUGUUUGUUUAGUUUAUUGUCUCGCCUGUAUGCGUUUUAUGCUUUAAGCUUAAUGUUUUACCUCCUUUACUUAUAUUUAAGUUUUUUAGAUAAUAACCCAACUCAAUUAUAUUUAUUUUACAUAUUAUUAAUAUUAACUUUAUUUUGAAUUGGCCAUAUAACCAUUAAACACCGAAAUAUA